AGUUUCUUUGAUGUUGUUUCACUCUUUAAUUAUUCGGUUUUUGUUUCUUAUUUAUUAAUAUGUUUUCGCUUUCUAUUCUGUUGCUCCUUAAUUGGCAGCCUGCUGUUUAUUUUCAAAAGGAAAUUGUUUCUGUUUUCAUUUCUCUCAUUUGAUCCAAAAAAUCAUCCCUUCGCAAAAGCAACAGAUGGAGAUUGUGAGUUCCAUUGCAUCCAAAGUUUUCGAACUGUCGGUUGAACCCACUGUGCGUCAGAUCAAAUAUGUAUUCAACUACAGUGACAACAUACACAACCUUGAAGAAGAAGUUGAAAAGCUCACGGAUAAAAAACAAAGGGUUGAGCACGCUGUGGAGGAAGUUAAGCGCAAUCCAGUAGAAGAAGUUGAAGCUGAUGUUCAGAGAUGGUUGACUAAAGUGAAUAAUGUCAUUGAAGAUGCUGGUAAAAUUCUUCUUCGACAUGAAGACAAAGCAAAGAAGAGGUGCUUCAUGGGAUUGUGUCCUAAUUUGAUCAGGCGCCACCAAAUUAGUAGAAAAGCGAGCAAAGCUUUACCAAUCGUUGUUGGAGCCCGAGAAGAAGGAAAUUUUGAGAAAGUUUCCUACCGCAUCACACCACAGGGCAUAGGGGCAGUCAAAGGUUUUGAGUUCUUUGAAUCAAGAACAUUAGCUGCGGAUGAAAUCAUGAAUGCUUUAAAGGAUGCUGAUGUUAAUCUCAUUGGAGUGUAUGGAAUGGGAGGCGUGGGUAAGACCACGCUAGUGAAACAGAUUGCUGCACAAGUCAGGGAAUACGGAAUCUUCAAAUUGGUGGUUAUGGCAACUGUAACUCACAAUCCGGAUUUGAAAACUGUUCAACAACAAAUUGCAGAUUGGUUAGACUACAAAUUUGAUGUGGAGUCUGUUGAGGUACGAGCAGCUCGGUUGAGCGAGCGAAUCAAAAGAGAAGAGAAAAUUCUCAUAAUUCUAGAUGAUAUUUGGGCAGCAAUCAAACUGGAGGAGGUAGGAAUUCCUUAUGGCCCUGAUCAUAAAGGAAGCAAGAUACUGAUGACGUCUAGAAAUCAAUCUGUGUUGUUGGAAAUGGGAGUACAAAGAGAUGUCUUGCUUGAAGUUUUACAGCAUCAAGAAGCAUGGAAUCUAUUUGAGAAGAUUGUGGGAGAUCUUAAAGAUUCCAACUUACGACCUAUAGCUAUCGAAGUCGCAGAGAGAUGCGCAGGCUUGCCCAUUUUAAUUGUACCAGUAGCGACGGGAUUGAAAAACAAGCAAAUGUUUGAAUGGAACGAUGCGUUGGAAGAGCUUAAAAAGUUUGAUGGCAAAGGAGAUGAAGCGAGAGUUUACUCGGCCCUAGAGUUGAGUUACAACUUUCUGAGAGAUGAAGAGAGGUCUUUGUUCCGACUUUUAGGACAACUCGGACCUGUUGUGGUCAUCAGUGACUUGUUGAAAUAUAGCUUGGGGUUAGGCUUGUUUAAUCAACGCACCACACUAAAAGCAACAAGAGAUAGACUACUUAAAGUAAUCAGUGAUCUUAAAAUGUCUUGUUUGUUACUGGAAGGCAACAACCAUGAACAAGUAAAAAUGCAUGAUGUGGUUCACAGCUUCGCAGCCUCAAUUGCAUCCAAGCAUCAUCAUGUCUUUACUGCAGCAUAUCAAACUGAAUUGGAAGAAUGGCCGAAUAAAGACUUCCUUGAACAAUGCACAUCAAUCUCCUUGCCAUAUUGCUAUAUCCCUAAGCUUCCUGAAGUACUUGAAUGCCCAACACUCAAGUCAUUUUUUAUGUUUAAUAAUUUCUCGGACAAAAUCCCAGAGAAUUUUUUCAGUAGAAUGGAAGAGCUCAAAGUCUUGGAUUUGAUGGGAAUGCACUUGUCACCACUGCCUUUAUCACUUCAAUACCUUAAGAACCUCCAAACAUUGUGUUUGGAUCGCUGUAUUUUGGAAGACAUUUCUGCAAUUGGAGAUCUGAAACAGUUGCAAGUUCUCAGCUUCAUUCAAUCUACCAUUGUUCGGCUGCCAAGUGAAGUGAGCAAAUUGACUCGUUUGCGACUUUUGGAUUUGAGCCGAUGUCAAGGACUUGAAGUGAUUUCGCCAGAUGUCCUAUCAAGGUUAGCCCAAUUGGAGGAAUUGUACAUGGGGGACGGUUUUGUGCAAUGGAAGGGUGAAGGACAUGAUGAACCAAGAAACAAUGCUAACCUGUCAGAAUUGAAGCUUUUGUCAAAGUUAUCCACUUUAGAGGUACACAUCGUUGAUGCAAAUAUCAUGCCUAAAGAUUUAUUUUCUGAAAAACUGGAAAGAUUUAGAGUUUUCAUCGGUGAUGAGUGGGACUGGGACUGGCACGAGUACGAGAGAUAUGCUGAUUACAGAAGCUUAAGAACGUUGAAACUCAAGCUUGGUACAAGUGCUCUUUUGGAGAGGGUAAAAGUGUUGCUGAUGAAAACUGAAGAUCUAUAUUUGGACGACCUAAAGGGUGUAAGAAGUGUGCUCGAUGAAUUAGACGACCAAGGUUUUCCUGAGUUGAAGCAUCUGCAUGUUCAAAAUAGCCUUGGUAUUCAAUAUAUCAUAGACUGGAUGAUAAUGGACCAUCCCACUGGUUUUCCGAGGUUGGAGUCAUUAUUUAUUGACAAUUUGAAUAAUUUGGAGAAGAUCUGUCGUGGGCGUUAUAUGGUGGGGUCUUUCAGCAAUUUAAGAAAAUUAAAGGUGGGGAACUGUAAUGCAUUGAGGAGUCUCUUUUCAUUCUCUAUGUUUAAAGGCCUUGAGGAGCUUGAAAAAGUGGAUGUGAGUAGUUGCAAAAUUAUGGAAGAGAUAGUAGUUGAGGAAGGUGAAGAUGAUGAGGAAAUUAAUUUGCCACAGCUACGAUAUUUGAGAUUGGAAAAUCUACCUCAAUUUGUAAGCUUUUGUUCCCGAGUGAAGGAAGCAACAACUAGUGGAGGUAAUAAAGAAAUUGAAUGUGAAGACGAGACUGAGAAACCAAUGCCACUUUUCAGUAGAAAGGUAUCUUUUCCUAAUUUGACUAUCCUGAUUGUGGAUGGAUGUGAUAAUUUGAAAAAUUUAUUAUCACUCUCAAGUGUUGUGCAUUUGAAAAGGCUUGAGAUAUGCAAUUGUAAGAUGAUGGAAGAAGUGAUGGUCAAAGAAGGAUUGGAAGAAGAAAUAAUGAGUAAGGUGUUACUCCAUCAACUAGAGUCCCUGAAGCUCGUGAAUCUUCCAAAACUCACGCGAUUCUGCACAAGUAAUUUAGUUGAAUGUCCUGUCUUGAAAAAGCUGCGCAUACAAAAUUGCCCUCAAAUGAGGACCUUUGUCUCCAAUUAUACGACUUCAAAUAUGGCAUCCAGCCGUGAACUUGACAUUAUAAAUUCUGCUCUCUUCGAUGAAAAGGUUGCAUUCCCCAACUUGGAGAUAUUGGAGAUUCUCAACAUGGAUAAUUUGAAGAUGAUAUGGCACAAUGAACUCCAUUCAGAUUCCUUUUGCAAAAUAAACGGACUUGCUGUGGAAAACUGUGAAAAACUAAUUAAAAUUUUUCCAUCCAUGUUGUUGGGAGGCCUCCGGAAUCUUCAAUUUCUGGUCAUAAGUAAUUGCGAUUUACUGCAAGAGGUGUUUGAUCUCCAAGAGCUAAUAAAAAUGAAAGAAUCAGUAGCCAUUCAAUUGAGAAUUCUACGCAUAGAAGGCCUUCCAAAUUUGAAGCAUGUAUGGAAUGAGGAUCCUCUGGGACUUGUCUUGUUUGAUAACCUAAGUUCAGUGCGUGUUAGGUAUUGUCCAAAUCUAAAAAUUAUUUUCCCAGCUUCAAUAGCUAAAAAUCUGCCACAACUCAAAACACUGGAUAUAGACAGUUCUGGGGUGGAGGAAAUUGUUCAGAAUCUGAACUGGGUAGAAACAAAUAUGGAGAACCAACCUAUGGUUAAAGUUCUGCAGCCACAUUUCUCCUUUAGAAAGGUAUCUUUUCCUAAUUUGACUAUCCUGAUUGUGAAAGGAUGUGAUAAUUUGAAAAAUUUAUUAUCACUCUCAAGUGUUGUGCAUUUGAAAAGGCUUGAGAUAUGCAAUUGUAAGAUGAUGGAAGAAGUGAUGGUCAAAGAAGGAUUGGAAGAAGAAAUAAUGAGUAAGAUGUUACUCCAUCAACUAGAGUCCCUAGAGCUCAUGGAUCUUCCAAAACUCACGCGAUUCUGCACAAGUAAUUUAGUUGAAUGUCCUGUCUUGAAAGAGCUGCGCAUACAAAAUUGCCCUCAAAUGAGGACCUUUGUCUCCAAUUAUACGACUUCAAAUAUGGCAUCCAGCAGUGAACUUGACAUUAUAAAUUCUGCUCUCUUCGAUGAAAAGGUUGCAUUCCCCAACUUGGAGCAAUUGGAGAUUCUCAACAUGGAUAAUUUGAAGAUGAUAUGGCACAAUGAACUUCAUUCAGAUUCCUUUUGCAAAAUAAACGCACUUACUGUGGAGCACUGUGAAGAACUAAUUAAAAUUUUUCCAUCCACGUUGUUAAGAGGCCUCCGGAAUCUUCAACGUCUGUUCAUUCAUAAUUGCGAUUUACUGCAAGAGGUGUUUGAUCUCCAAGAGCUAAUAAAAAUGAAAGAAUCAGUAGCCAUUCAAUUGAGAACUCUACACAUAGAAGGCCUUCCAAAUUUGAAGCAUGUAUGGAAUGAAGAUCCUCUGGGACUUGUGUUGUUUCAUUAUCUAAGUUCAGUGUACGUUUGGCGUUGUCCAAAUCUAAAAUUUAUUUUCCCAGCUUCAAUAGCUAAAAAUCUGCUACAACUCAACACACUGGAUAUAGGCAGUUCUGGGGUGGAGGAAAUUGUUCAGAAUCUGAACUGGGUAGAAACAAAUAUGGAGAACCAACCUAUGGUUAAAGUUCUGCAGCCACAUUUCUCCUUUAGAAAGGUAUCUUUUCCUAAUUUGACUAUCCUGAUUGUGGAUGGAUGUGAUAAUUUGAAAAAUUUAUUAUCACUCUCAAGUGUUGUGCAUUUGAAAAGGCUUCAGAUACGCAAUUGUAAGAUGAUGGAAGAAGUGAUGGUCAAGGAAGGAUUGGAAGAAGAAAUAAUGAGUAAGAUGUUACUCCAUCAACUAGAGUCCCUGAAGCUCAAGAAGCUUCCAAAACUCACGCGAUUCUGCACAAGUAAUUUAGUUGAAUGUCCUGCCUUGAAACAGCUGCGCAUACAAAAUUGCCCUCAAAUGAGGACCUUUGUCUCCAAUUAUACGACUUCAAAUAUGGCAUCCAGCAGUGAACUUGACAUUAUAAAUUCUGCUCUCUUCGAUGAAAAGGUUGCAUUCCCCAACAUGGAGCAAUUGGAGAUUCUCAACAUGGAUAAUUUGAAGAUGAUAUGGCACAGUGAACUCCAUUCAGAUUCCUUUUGCAAAAUAAACGCACUUACUGUGGAGCACUGUGAAGAACUAAUUAAAAUUUUUCCAUCCACGUUGUUGAGAGGCCUCCGGAAUCUUCAACGUCUGGUCAUACAUAAUUGCGAUUUACUGCAAGAGGUGUUUGAUCUCCAAGAGCUAAUAAAAAUGAAAGAAUCAGUAGCCAUUCAAUUGAGAACUCUACACAUAAGCGACCUUCCAAAGUUGAAGCAUGUAUGGAAUGAGGAUCCUCUGGGACUUGUCUUGUUUGAUAACCUAAGUUCAGUGAGUGUUUGGAAUUGUCCAGAUCUAAAAAUUAUUUUCCCAGCUUCAAUAGCUAAAAAUCUGCUACAACUCAAAAGACUGCAUAUAAUCAGUUCUGGGGUGGAGAAAAUUGUUCAGAAUCUGAACUGGGUAGAAACAAAUAUGGAGAACCAACCUAUGGUUAAAGUUCUGCAGCCACAUUUCUCCUUUAGAAAGCUAGACCAAGCUCUUGGGUCUCUUGAAGAACUUCUCGUUUGGCACUGUGACAGCUUGAUCACUUUAGCACCAUCCUCUGCUUCUUUUCAAAAUCUGACGCGUUUGACUGUAUGGAAAUGCAAUGGAUUAGUUAGUUUGGUAACAUCUUCAACAGCAAAAAGUCUGGUACAACUCACAAAAAUGAGUAUAGGAGCAUGUGACAGAUUGAAAGAAAUAGUUGCAAAUGAGGGAAAUGAAUCGAAAGAGGAUAUCAUCUUUAGCAAAUUAGGAAAACUGGGACUUAGAUAUUUGCCAAGCCUCGUCAGUUUUUGCUCAGCAGAGCACAGCUUCAAAUUCCCCUCUUUAACAGAAGUAAUAGUGAGGAAAUGCCCCAAGAUGCAGGUUUUCUCAAAAGGAGUCUUAAGCACACCAAGACUCCUCGUUGUACAACACGAUGAUGAACGAGAGUGUUGGAACGGCAAUCUGAAUGACACUGUACAACAAUUGUUUGCAGAAAUGAAUGCCAAGGAAGAUUGACCCCAAUCCAUCAUUUGCUGAAGCUGAAAUAAGGCCAACGCUCUUUGUAAUUGAUUCAGAUGUAGAUUGUGGAAGGGCUUUCUUAUUCAUAUUGGGAUUAUCUAUGCAAGGCGUUGUUUCCUUCUGAGAUUUUAAAUGGUGAACGGACCAUAUUGUUCCCAUUUUAUUAUUCCUAAAAGCAGUCUGUAUUUGGUAAAGUUUGAAUUCAGAUAAUCGUGUUUAAUAUCCAUGAAUACACUAAUUAGUUAAAUUUAGUGUCUGCAUUGCCUUUACGAGAUAUUAUGUGUAUGAGGAUUGUAAGGCUAAUGGCCUAAUGUGUUUGGAUAUUGUAAAUUAGAACCAUCUUAAAGCAAAUUCGACUUCAUUAA